CUGUCUCCAUAAAUAUACAUUUAUAUGUUAAGCGAUUUUCCUUCUGCCCAGAUGGCAGCUAGUUAAUUUUAUAUAAAAUAGUUAUAUUUAUUAUCAGGUGUAAAUAGUCGUUCAAAAUGUUAAAAUUACUGUUAUCGAAUUACCGUAAUUGUUCAUUAAUAAGCCCGAGUGCAGCGAAUCAGAAUCAGCUGCUGCGAAAAUCUCUACAGACAUAUGUUUUUCGACGAAACGAACUCCUGGCUGGAGGAAAACGCCUGAUCACAAACGAGUCACGACAGCAAGGUCGUAAACUACUUCUGACCGGCAGUCGUCAGCAACCCGUUCGAACCGGAUCUAGCUCCAGUAUAUUAAGGUUACUGUUAGGGGGCACAGGGGUCGGUGUGACCGUCGGGUUCCAGUGUCGACGAUGGUUUGUUCAUUGUGAUGCACCAACUGGAAGACUGCUAGGACAAAAGGCUGGCAGCGGAAGCGAUGUUGUUAGGUUUGAUUGGUUGAAAUUUUGGUUUUAUUUAAAACCCCACCUGGCCAAGCUGCUAGCAGCCGUUGCGGCAGCUCUGGCCGUAGCUUAUUUCAACAUUCAAAUACCGAAUUUGCUGGGUGUUGUCGUGAAUACUUUAUCGAAGUACGCUCGCGCGGGUUUGAAAGACAUUAACACUUCAACCUUCUUCAACGAAAUGAAAGUACCAUCGCUGCGACUGUUUGGAAUGUACAUCGCCCAGGCUGGCUUUACGUUCGUAUACAUAUUACUGCUUAGUCAGAUAGGCGAACAGAUGGCGGCCAAAAUUCGACAAGAUUUGUUCAAGCAGAUCAUAAUUCAAGAUCUGGAGUUCUUCGAUGAAAAUCGAACUGGCGAGCUGGUGAAUCGACUAACGGCGGACGUGCAGGAUUUUAAAUCUAGCUUCAAGCAAUGCAUUUCGCAGGGCCUGCGAUCCAUCGCACAACUCAUUGGAGGCAGUGUUUCACUCUUUCUUAUCUCACCGCAGCUUGCCAGUAUUGCGCUGGUCUCGGUUCCGGCGGCUGUGGCAAUGUUCUCCUUUCUCGGGAGAUCAUUGAGGUUGCUGAGUAAGAAAAGUCAAGCGCAAUCGGAACGAGCAACGUCAGUGAGUGAGGAAGCUCUUUCAAACAUUCGAACGGUUCGCGCUAGUGCUAGCGAAUAUAGCGAGGUAGAAUUAUUCCGUCAAGAAACGGACAAAGCAGCUGUACUCUCCCAACAGCUGGGAGUAGGAAUUGCAGUUUUCCAAGCGCUUACGAAUUUGUUCCUUAAUGGAAUGGUUCUUACAACGCUGGUCCUGGGUGGGCACUUUAUGUCCAACAGUUCCAUUACAGCCGGUGAUUUGAUGGCAUUCCUAGUGGCUUCCCAGGGCGUUCAACGAUCACUCGCCCAAGGAUCCAUCCUCCUGGGCUCUGUAAUUAGAGGAAUGACUGCCGGUGCACGUGUGUUCGAAUACCUAUCAGUUCAACCAAAGAUAGACCUGAAAUUGGGUCAAAUUAUUCCCGAAUCAAAAAUACGAGGUGAAAUUUGUUUCGAAAAUGUCUCGUUUACGUACCCUUCACGACCGAAUCAGGAGGUUUUGAGAGAUUUUUCACUGGUGCUAAAACCGGGUCAAACGGUGGCUCUGGUGGGAGCUAGCGGCUCCGGCAAAUCCACCAUCGCUUCAUUGUUAGAAAGAUUUUACGAACCAACCGGUGGACGAAUAACGAUUGACGGCCACAACCUAUCGGAAUUGUCGCCCUAUUGGUUACGGGGUCAGCUGAUAGGUUUUAUUGAACAGCAGCCAAUCCUCUUCGGAACAACCAUCUUGGAGAACAUUCGCUACGGUCGACCGGAUGCAACCGAAGCGGAGGUGCUCGAAGCCGCCAAGUUGUCCCAAUCGCAUCAAUUUGUUAGCCAGCUGCCGGAGGGCUACCAAACCUCGGUUGGAGAACGUGGCAUACAGUUAAGCGGUGGACAACGUCAACGGAUAGCGAUCGCACGCGCACUGCUGAAGCGUCCAGCGGUGCUAAUUUUGGAUGAAGCUACCAGCGCUCUGGAUGCUUCAAGCGAGGCUAUCGUUCAGAAGGCACUGGAUGCAGCCGUUCUCGAUCGGACUACACUAGUCAUCGCGCAUCGGCUAUCUACGAUACGGAACGCGGAUGUAAUUGUCGUACUACACAAGGGCAGGAUAGUGGAAAUGGGUACUCAUGACGGGUUGCUCCGAAAGCAAGGACACUAUUUUGAGCUGGUUAAACAACAGGAGCGACAGCAACAGGAAGAACAACAGCACCCGUCAAGAUCAUAUGGCUAGUGGGAACAGUGUAAGAUUAGGGAUACCGUUAACAUAGUUUUAGUAGUUGAUUAGGAAAUGAAAUGUGAGUUGGUGGAUGUAAUCGUUCGGUGACGAGGUAUGUAUUAUUUGAAAAACCGAAGUAUUUGCAAUAAACUUACAUGACAACAAG